UUUAGAAAUGUUUACUUAACCAAAAUUAGAAUCUUAAAAGAAUAUUUUAAAAUAAAUAUGAUUAUAAAUAAAUUUAGGAUUUUGUUUGCAAAAAACUGGUUAUUUCUAUAUUAAAUUUUUAAAUUUUAAUUUAAGCUUAUUCAAAAAGUAGAAAGAUAAACAAGAAUACAAAAAUUUUAAAAAUGUAGCCAUCAAGUAUAGAUUAAGAACUUAAAAAAAAGGCAGGGUCAAGAUAAAAAUUCAUACAUAAUGUUUGUAUAAAUAGGUUAAACUGUUUAUGAAUGGGAUUAAACUAUAGAUGAUGUUAAUAUUUACAUAUAGCCACCUAAAUUCGUUCUAAAAAAGUAUGAAAAUGAAGUUAGGAAACAAUUAUAACCAGGUUAACAGAUGCCGAAGCUAGAAAUUAUUAUAGAGCCAAAACAUCUUAAAAUAGGAAUUAAAGGAAAUCCUCCAUUUAUAAAUGAAAGUUUAACUAGCUUAUGUGAUACUGAUGAUUCAACUUGGUGCAUAGAGGAUGAAGAAUUACAUAUAAUUCUACAGAAGGGACAUAAAGGAGAAGUAUGGUAAUCAGUUUUUAUAGGACAUGAUAAAUUAGACCCUUUAUUAUAAUAAGAAAUUUAAAAGAAAUUAAUGUUAGAAAGAUUUUAAGAAGAAAAUCCUGGUUUUGAUUUUAGUGGAGCUGAAUUUAAUGGCUAAGCUCCAGAUCCAAGGAAUUUUAUGGGAGGCAUUAAGUAUAAUUGAAUAAAAAUUACAUUUUAAACAAUAAAAUUGUAUGAAUUUUAAUAAUAUAUUAAUUUAUUUGUUGCAUUUCAAUAUAAUAAUUAUUUUAUAUUUCAAAUAUUUAUUUUUUUAGUAUGAAUUAAUAAAUAUUUUUUAUAACAUAUAAUAUAUAAAUAGUAAAAAACAAAACAUAAAUUAUAAGAUGAAUAAAUUUGGAAAUAAAUUAUGAAAUUAUGAAAAAAUUAAAUUGUUGGCUAUAAAAUUAACUUAUUAAUAUUAUAAAAAGGAAAAUAAUUAUAUUAUAUAUACACAUUAAUUUUAUUUAGUAUAAAGUUAAAA